AUGUGCAGUGAAGACUUGAAUGCGAUUCAAGACCAGCUUAAUAAUGUGGAAGAUAGUGAUGAAAACUAUGACCUGAUUGCCCCAGGAACACAAAACAUUGAGCGUCAAGAUGAAGAUGAAGGUGCACAAGACCUUCAUCCAGAAUUCGAUGAAACCUAUGACCUAUCUGGUGAUCUUGGAAUUCCUUCAGCUGCAUCUAAUAAUGAGCAGCUGAUAUUACAUGAAGAACAGGAUGAUGUUUACAGAGGAAUGGUACAAAAACUAAACAGAGAACAAAAAGAAUUUUUCUUCCAUGUUUUACAUCUUAUUAAAACUUCUGACAAUCCAUUCUACUGUUUUCUUAGUGGAGGAGCAGGAGUUGGCAAGUCACAUCUUACUAAGUGUCUUUAUCAAGCAGCAUUAAAGUAUUAUAAUACUAGAGCAGGUGAUGAUUUCCAUCAAGUGAAAAUAUUAAUGCUUGCACCUACUGGUAAAGCAGCUUACAAUAUAUCAAAGGUAACACAAUACAUAGUGCACUUUCAAUACCUGCAUGUCAAUCUUUAAAGAAUUACAAACAUCUUGAUUCAAGCAGGUUAAACACCUUACGGUGUCAACUUGGUGGUUUAAAACUAAUAUUUUUGGAUGAGCUCUCAAUGGUUGGUAGUGCAAUGUUUAAUGUUCAAAUAAAUAAUAGACUGAAAGAUAUUAAAGGAAGUAAAGACGAUUUUGGUGGUGUAAGCAUGGUUGUUAUCGGUGAUUUAUUUCAGCUGGAACCUGUAAUGGACAGGUAUAUAUUUAAAAAUCUAGACAAUUCAGAAUAUGCAGUUCUUGCUCCUAAUAAAUGGCAAGAUAACUUCAAUAUGUUUGAAUUGGAAGAAAUUAUGCGCCAAAGGGAGAGCAAAGUGUUUGCUGAAAUAUUAAACAGACUUAGGGAAGGAAAACAUACUAAGGAUGAUAUUUUGAAACUAAAAGAAAGAUUAAUAAAAGAAAAUAGCAUCCAAGAUCCCAUGGAUGUGCCUCACUUGUUCAUACAAAAUAAGAAGGUAAAUGAAUUCAAUGAAAGAGUGCAUAAUGCAGCAACUGGUGAAAAGUUUUCAAUCAAAGUAAUAGACAGUGUUAUAGGAGCUAACUCUGCUCAACUUCGAGAUAAAAUUUUGAGUCAAAUACCAGAUGAUCCCAGGAAAACUAAACAAAUUGCUUCAAACCUUCAAUUGUCGGUGGGGGAAAGAACUGAGAUAGCAUUAAAUGUACGCACUGAUGAUGGGAUCACUAAUGAUGCUGGUAAUGUUGUUAAAAAGAUACAAUUAAAUCAAAUAGAUAGACCUUCAGGUAUAAUAUGGGUCCAAUUUGACCAUUCAGAUGUUGAUGAGAAGACCAGACAUGAAAAUAUACGUCUUUAUGUUCACGGUAUUGAGUCCACAUGA